AUGGAGUCGGACUACAAGAUCGUCAGGGAGCUGGGGACGGGGGCGUUUGGAACAGUGUACCUCAUCAAACACAAGACAGAACCGGAAUGGUUCGCCCUGAAAACUGUGGAUUUGUCAAGAGCAGACUCAAAAGAGAGGGCCAGUGCCGAGAGGGAGGCCAAUCUGAUGCGAGAGCUGGACCAUGAUCACGUGGUGCGGUACGUGGCGUCCACCUUUAACGGGUCCACCCUAUUCAUCUUCACGGAGUACUGCGAGGGCGGGGAUCUGUCACACUUCCUGGAAGACUCCAAUGGGAAACUGCCUGAAGACUUGAUCGUGUGUUGGGUGUAUCAGACGGCUUCAGCAUUAGCGUACUUGCAUCAGAUGAAGAUCCUACACAGAGAUCUGAAACCCCAAAACAUCUACCUCACUGCUGAGGGGGACAUCAAACUGGGGGACCUCGGUAUUGCAAGGGUCCUCGAUAAAGGAAUGGGCAUGGCGUUAACAAUGGCAGGAACCCCGUUCUACAUGAGUCCCGAGAUAUUCCAGAUGAAAGGAUACGACCACAAGACCGACAUCUGGAGUUUCGGGUGUGUGGUGUACGAGAUCGCGGCAGGAGAACAUGCUUUCAGCGCCCCAGAUAUGUCAUGCCUCGUUUUUGCAAUCGUCUCUGGCAAAGUUCCUUUGAUACAUACAUCUUACAGUGAUGGGCUGCGUCAACUGGUGAAGUCGAUGAUGGACAAGGACCCGGAUGAACGACCAAGUGCUGAACAGCUGCUAGACCGUAGACCAGUCAAGGAAUUCGGAAACAACACUCAAAGUCCCAUGAUAAUUAUGAAGAAAUUCAAGUUCAGGACCAAGUGGGGAACACAUGACUCAAGUGUAGACGUUUCCAAGAUGUUCACGACGGCAGAGCUGAACCCUCCUCCAUGCUUCGGAGAACAUGAUAUUCGCAUUCCUAAAGACUCUCUACUGCUGCACAGGAAGAGGUUGGGCCGACCUUCGCCCUCGGAUAUCAGCGAAACUGUCAAAGCGAACAAAUACCUUCCUGCGAUGAGGGUUAAGGAGGAGGCGAUUGAGCUGAACCUGAAGGAGGACCCAAGCCAUGCAGCCGUCAUGGAGUCAGUAAUGCGGGGAUUAAUGGGUGUGAUGGUUGAUUCUCAGGAUCGCACCCUCAAAGCUUCAGCCAUCUUGCCGGCUUUGGACAUUGAUCGUACAGGAGGCCAGGGGUCAUCUACUGAGAAAGGUCUGCAGCAUAGCAUAUUUACAGCUCUACGAAAUAUACGUAGUAAGACGAGGCCGAUGGAAAAUCCCACCUACGUGCCUUUCGAGACAAUAGAUGCCGAAUUUAUCUUGAACCAGAUACAGGUUUUACAGACGUGA